GGAGCACCGCGCACGCGUCAUUCCCGGGGCCCUCGCGCUCCCCCAGGCGCCACCUAGCGGCCUGACGUGCCAUCACAGCUGAAACUGCCCGUGUAACCGAACGUCCAAGGGCGGAGCCAUAUUUUCCAUUUGGACCAAUGUAACGUUUACAAGGAGAGUCUUAGAAGACUGCGUCUUGUUGGCUUUCCCAAGAUCCCAUCCAGGAUGCUUCACUCUAAGCUGCUUCUCCCAUGAUUAUAAUGCCCCAUCAGCAGUGCGUCCGGCGGGCCCCUGGGUCUGCCCCGUGUUUCAACAGAACUUGUACUGAACAGACCCAGGGACGCCCCUUAUUCCAGCCUCCGACCGCCCUCCAGCCGCUUGUACGGCCUCAACCCUCUGUACAGCCUCAACCCUCGGAACCAUCUUCUCGGCUACCCUCUGCCUCCGGGGCUAACCAACACUGGUUUUUGGCUCCCUGUUGCCAAUCAAGCACGAGCUGUCAGGUUCGUCAGAAUUACUCCACCGAGGUGGAGGCCUCCGUCAACUGCCUGGUCAACAUGCACCUGCGGGCCUCCAACACCUACCUCUCCCUGGGCUUCUAUUUCGACUGCAGCGAUGUGGCUCUGGAGGGCUUGGGCCACUUCUUCCACGAGUUAGCCCAGAAGAAGCUCGAGGGUGCCCAGGAGCUCUUGAUGUUGCAAAAGCAGCGCAGCGGCAGCUCCCUCUUCCAGGACGUGCGGAAGCCGUCCCACGACAAGUGGGGUAAAGCCCUGGACGCCAUGGAAACCGCUGUGGUCUUGGAGAAGAACUUGAACGAGGCUCUUUUGGAUCUGCACGCCCUGGGUUCUACCCGUGCGGACGCCCAUCUCUGUGCCUUCCUGGAGAGCCACUUCCUGGGUGAGCAGGUGAAAGUCAUCAAGAAGAUGGGCGACCACCUGACUAACCUCCGCAGGCUGUCCUGCCCCCAGGCUGGGCUGGGCGAGUAUCUCUUUGAAAGGCUCACCCUCAAGCAUUGACUGGCAGCCUCUGGAGCCCGGUGGCCUUUGAGGGGCCCCUCUGGCAACCCCUUAGUGUCGGGGCUCCUGUCUGGGUUUGUCCCAGCGGUCGCCAGGAAGCUUUUUAACAAACCCUGGAGCCAUCUCCCAAGCUGUGGACCAAAUGGAAACAAUAAAGCAUUUUGCAAGGGGGGAAAAAUGCUGCCUGUAGUAUAUACCAAAAUAGUCUAGAUUCGUCGUUUUUUGUUGGGCGGGGGAGGGUGUUCUUUAUUAUUUUCCAUUUGUUCAUUUGUCUAUCUUCCUCACAACAAUCCUCUUAACUACUAAAGCUUUAUAUCACACUCCCUUCUUAUCUUUAAAAUUUCUUUGGCCCCUCUUGGACCUUUUUUCCUAAAUCUUAUUUGUGCAGUAUGACAUAUGCAGAAAAGUAUAGGAAAUAUACAGCUGAAUGAUUUAUCAGAAAGCCAACAUCCAUGUAACUACCACUGGAAACUGAUUUCCAGUAUUCCCGAAGCUUCCCACUGCUUCACAGUCCUCUCCUUCCUGCCCGGGGGUAACCACUAUCCUGGUAUUUACGGUAACGGUUUCCUCUCUUUGCUUUUUGUUUUACUACUAGGCGUGCAUUCCUGUAUUUUAGUUUUGCUUACUCUUUUGAACUUUAUAUAUUCUUGCAUCUGGUUUCUUUCACACAACAUUAUUUUUAUGAGA